AAACUCGGCUGUCGCCCAUCGCUUCCGACCGACCAUACGCGAACCACCGAGCGCUUACAUAACUUGCCGUCUCCCAUCCAUCGUUCAGCGUCAGUCAGCUUUCCAUCCGUACUUCGGCUUUUUUGCUGUUAGGAAAAGGAUAUUUCGAGGAUUCCAGUUAUUUAGGAACAGCUGUGCUUCAAUUGGAUCGUGUGCUCCUUUUUGGUACGUCGAAAAACGCAUUAAUUGCCUUUUCGCGCGAGUUGAGACUAAAAGUCGAAGAUUGGAGGGAAAAACGUUCUACUUUUGGUAGCACCCCACGUUACGUACACUGAAAUUGGUCUGUACGUGUUCCUUUCCUGUGUAUCUCACUUGGACAUACGUCUUUUGCCGUAUUGGACUCGGAUUGCUGAGAAAGAAGGGAUUAAGUUGGAAUCAAGGCUUCUUGUGCCACGAACUACAAUCAGAACUCGAAUAGUUGCGGCAACUCCGUUCAUUUACCGGUAGGUGUUUGCUGAACGUUCAUCUGAGUUGUAUUUUACAAAAAAACUGCGUAUCUAUCCAUCCUUUGCUUGCGAACGCAUUCUCUAGAUCAUCAAAAUGUUGGACACAUCGCCUAUGAGCGUUGGAAAACGGUAUACCAUCGCCAACAGAGCGACAAAGUAUGAUUUGUCCAUGCAGUUCAACCCCAUGCACACCUUGCGCAAGUUGCGGAACGUCAAGUGGAAGGUGACGCAUCUGCAGUACAUCGUAAUCACUGCUUCUAUGAUCUACAGUGUGUGUAUCAUUCAGGAACCCGGUUUCUGGGUCAAAACCCUGGUCGCCGUGGCCUUGACUGUUGCACUGCUCCUUCCAUUGACGAGCCAGUUUUUCUUUCCCGCCAUCUCUAUCCUUGCAUGGUUGUUUUUGUUCUAUGGUUGCAAGUUUAUUCCCGUUUCUGUGCGCCCACACAUUUGGGUCCGUGUGCUCCCUGCUCUGGAGAACAUCUUGUACGGCUCCAACAUCUCCAGUCUUUUGUCGAGCACAACUCACAGCGUGUUGGACGUUAUCGCAUGGCUCCCCUACGGUGUCAUCCACUAUGGCGCGCCAUUCAUUGUUUCCUUCGUGUUGUUCGUGUUCGCACCUCCCGGCACAUUGCCUGUGUGGGCACGCUCCUUUGGUUACAUGAACCUGAUCGGAGUGCUCAUCCAGAUCUUCUUCCCCUGCUCGCCGCCUUGGUACGAGAACAUCCAUGGUCUCUCUGCCGCCAACUACGGCAUGCAUGGCUCACCGGGUGGUUUGGCGCGUAUUGAUGCGUUGUUCGGUACUUCCACCUACACCAGCACGUUCACCAACUCGCCUCUUGUGUUUGGUGCUUUCCCUUCGCUGCAUGCUGCUUGUGCCAUGCUUGAGGCGUUGUUCUUGGCCCACACGUUCCCGCGUGUUCGAUUCGUCUUCUACGGUUACGUGCUUUGGUUGUGCUGGUGCACGAUGUAUUUGACCCAUCACUACUUCGUCGAUCUUGUGGGCGGUUGUGUCUUGGCUCUGGCAUGCUAUCUCUUUGCCGAGAAGCUGUACUUGCCUCAACUGCAGCCGGGCAAGGUGCUGCGCUGGGAGUACGACACGAUCGUGCGUGGAAGUUCGGGCCACACGGCCGAAAAGGCGUUUGCUGUGGAUGCAGAGACGGAGCGUGAGCGUAAUGUUGUCGAAUUUGUCGAGGAAAUGGAUGCACUUGAAAUGGCGGACCUCGACCGGGAAUGGUCAAUUGGUUCUUCGGCCCCCAACUCUGUUAUUGAGACUCCUAUUCGCAUGCGUUCUCCUCCCGCACAUCCUUCCACACAACCACCCAUCACCGUUGAAUCUGCUAAAAUGACUGCCGCAAAAGCGUAAUUAAACCCCCAUAAUGGAGCACGCAGUAUACACAUACACACGAAAGGUGCUGACGGUCUGUCAUUUAUAUUUUUUAUUUAUUAAAAAGACGAGUCCAGGCAUACGUGUGCGGGCACAUGCAUUCGCAUGCGUCUGCACGAACAUGAAUCCGUACAAACUACUUUUGUCUCCGUUUCAAUUCUACGGUGUGAUUGUAAACGCGGGCAGUGUUGACCUCCAUGGUUGUAAUCUGAGCUCUGAGGAACUCAAGGUCCUCCUUGCAUGUCUUGAGAGUUUCCUUGGCCGCCUCUAGUUUUGAAGUAAGAAGUGUUUUGGCCUCUGCGACGGGAUAUUCAAGCAUCACGUUUGCUCCGAGCCACAAGCACACCGUGUUGGAAGCAGUAACCUGAGCGUUGGCGUACAGCGUGUCGUCCAGCUCGUAGAGUACGUCCAAGUUUUCAUCCUGUUCAGCUUCCAAGAACGUUACCGUCUGUAGAGUCUUUUCAAUUUCCGGAAGUUUUUCAUCGAGGCCUGCGACACGGCGGACGAUGCUCGUUUCCAUGAAUCUAUAUUUACUGUAAAAAGGUUAGCAGGACGAAGCUGGGGAGCAUGAGACCGCGGUUGGUGACUAUUUGCUCAGGUGGUGAAUUUCUGUGUGUCCCAUAUUUGUUAUGUGCCUGCUGCACCUGUGUCUCCUCCACUUACGCAAUGAACUCUUGGAACCGGGUCAGCUGCUUCUCGGCCUCCUCCAAGCUAAGCUCUUUAAAUUCAUAAA